UCCUCACUUGUUUUGCUCGCCACCAAGACGCCAAGAUUCGUCGUCGACUCGCGACGCCGUCCGGAGACCCUUUCCGAAAACUCCGUCGCCCCUUUUUCCGCCGCCGUCGAGUGAGACCCAAAUUAGCGAGGCGGCCGCCAUCUGAGCUCUGCUGUGGUCUGCUCCCUUUUUGGUCGCUGGUUUGGCUAGGGUUCUCCGCUCCAUUACUCGAGUUAAUGGCAUUGAUUCAGUAGUAGGUGAGCUGCGGCUUAAUUUGACUAAUAGGGCAGGAUGGGAUUUGACAAUGAGUGCAUAUUGAAUAUUCAAUCUCUUGCUGGGGAGUACUUUUGCCCCGUUUGUCGCUUGCUUGUAUACCCGACUGAAGCGUUGCAGUCGCAGUGUACCCAUUUGUAUUGCAAGCCCUGUUUAACUUACAUUGUGAGCACUACACGCGCUUGUCCCUACGACGGUUACUUGGUGACGGAAUCGGAUUCCAAGCCGCUUAUUGAAUCAAAUGAGUCCCUUGCUGAAACCAUUGGCAAAAUAGCAGUUCAUUGCCUCUAUCACAGGAGCGGGUGCUCAUGGCAGGGAUCGUUAUCAGAUUGCACGGCUCAUUGUUCUGGCUGUGCUUUUGGCAAUUCUCCUGUUGUGUGCAACAGGUGUGGAACGCAGAUUGUGCAUCGUCAAGUACAGGAGCACGCUCUAACAUGCCCUGGUGUGCAGCCACAAGCACAGCAGGUACAGGCUGCUGCAGAUGCUUCAGCCUGCGGCACUGCAGCUACUGCUGAUCAAACUCAGUCUGCCACUCAGGCAGCCGCGGUGGCUUCUCAGGCCCAACCUUUGCAAACUGCGGUUACAGCACCAGGAAAGGAUCUCAAUCAGCAAUCAGUUUCAAGCUCUCAAGCCCAACCUGUAGUUCAGGCUGCUGUACCUAGUGCUGAACAAUGGUAUCAACAACAGCAGCAAUAUCAACAGUAUUACCAACAAUAUCCUGGAUAUGACCCGUAUCAGCAACAAUAUCAGCAAUACUAUCCAUACCAACAGGCGGCGGUUCCGCAAUACCAGCAACAGGCUCAUGCUUCUAAUGCAGCUGGCCAACUUCAACCUCAAGUUUUCAUGCAGCCUCAACUUCAAUUGCAGCCCCAAACCCAACCCCAGUCCCAACCUCAAGCUUCAGUAGCUACUCAACCUCAAAACCAGGCACAAAUUAACCAACAGCGGCAAGCACCUUCUAUUGUACCGCCACAUUCACAAAUUCACCCCCAAACUUAUCCAUCGGCACCUGGCCAGCCCAAUCCUCAACCUCAGGUCCCUCUGCAGCCCCAUCCUCAACCUGUGCAAUUGCCGCAAUAUCAGCAGCUUCAUCCUCAGCCUCAAAUUCAGCAACAGAUCCAAUCACAGGUCCAACCACAGAAUCCCCCUUCUGUUUCACAAGCUCAGCCACUGGGGCAGCUUCAACCUAGUCCUCAGCCCAAUCAACCACCAAAUGCUAACUUUCAGUCUCAGACUCAGCAUCCUUCAGCUCAUGCAGUGACGGGUCAUCACUCCUUUCCUCAGCUUAACAAUGAUCCACAAGUGCAGAUUGGAGGCCCACAACAGUUCCCUAAGCAACCGUUGAUGCGUCCACCCCAUCCUCAGGCUACAAUUCCGAAUCAGCAACAACCAGUUUUGUUGCCUUCACCGGGUCAAGUCCAAAACAACCCUUCUGUACAACAACAAUCAGUCCAACAUUCUUAUUUUCAACCUCCUGGACAACCAGAGUAUCAACGCCCCAUUAUGCAACCAGUUCAACAGACUUUUCCGCAGCAACAUUAUCAGCAGCCGCAGCUGCCCAUGCCAUCGCAGUUUCGGCCCACGGGACCAUCUCAUUUAUUUCCUCCGCAAACUCAUGCUUAUCCUCAGCCACCGAUGCAACAUGCUAAGUCCCCAAAUGUUGCAGGAAGGCCUUCCAUGCCGCAGGGAGUACAAGCUCCGCCGUUUACGCAAUAUGCUGGUGGUGUAAUUAGGCCAACGUAUCCUGGCACAAACCAACAGGCAAACAAUCAGAAUAAUAUACUUAAAACAAAUAACCAGAUGAAGUUGCCUUCUGAAGAACAUUCUGGUGCAAACUCAACAGCAACAAUGUCCAUUAGGCAAGGUAAUCAAGACUUUGUGAAAGGCUCAGCCCAACAAGAAGUUGUAGCUUCCUCCCAUAAAACUGUGAAAGUUGGUACGAAUAAUUCGGAUUCAGUGCUUGAUUUGUUGGCUAAUGUGGGUGAGGUAAAGACCGAGAAGUCCAAGACUGACUUGAAGUCUACGGACCCUGUGGUUAAGCCAAUGAUGAAGGAGGAAGAUGUAGAGAGCACUUUAAAGAAUUCAAGUAACGGUAAAUCUGGUAAAGUGGUUGCUGAGGACAAAAAAGAUGUUCUUAAGGUAGAACCCGAAAAAAUGAAGAACUCAACUGUAGAAGACAAGGAUGUGGGUGGUUCUCUGCAGAAAAAGUCUCCACUGCAAGCAGUUGAACGCCACGAAGGGCAGGGUGGUGACUCGGUGAAGGAUGCUGCUAGUGGCUCUGACAGGGCCUCAAAAGUGGUGCCUACACCUUCUGCACAAAUCCUCCGUAGUCCUGCUUCUGGGGGUGAAGUUAAAUCACCGUAUUCACGUAGUGUUCAGGUGCAGGGUCAUCAAUUACCUGGUCCUCCCCCUUUGUCACAAGUACCUCCGCCCGGACCUCCACAUAAAACACAAGAGUUUGGAGCCUCACAAACUCAUUGUAGGCCUCAGGUACCAGGGGAUCCUCUUCAUCCGCCCGGUAGCAUCCCAGGUUCUGCAAUACCCUUUGGGAGAGGGCCUAAUCAAUAUGGUCCUAAUCAGCAAAGCUCUGAACUGCAGUCCCUUGCCCCUCAAAGGCCAUAUAAUCCAGGGCCUUUUGGUGCUUUCAGAUUAUCUCAAGGUGAACCUACUGGAGCAGAGUCUUCUGGCGUAUUGCAACCUCGUGCUUUUAAUUCACAUGGUGGGAUGAUGGCAAGACCAACACCUCAUGGUCCUGAAAUGUUUUCAAAUCAAAGGCCCGACUUCAUGGAUAGUAGGGGGCCUGAUCCUCAUUUUGCAGGAUCUUUGGAACAUGGAGCACAUUCUCAGUCAUUUGGUAUACAUCCAAAUAUGACAAGGAUGAAUGAUAGUCACGGUUUUGAUUCCUUAUCGACUCUUGGGCCAAGAGAUGAGCGAUUUAAUCCCUUUCCAGCAGGCCCAAAUCCACGAGCAGAGUUUGAAGAUGACCUGAAGCAAUUCCCUAGGCCUUUUGAUAGGGGACUUCAUGGUCUGAAGUAUCAUACUGGAUUAAAAAUGGAUUCUGGGGUUGGCUCUGUUCCCUCAAGAUCCUUGUCUCCCUACAAUGGUGGUGGUGCCAAUGAUGGAGGAGACCGGCUAGGUUGGCAUCGUGGAGAUGCUUUUGGGAGAAUGGAUCCCACUCGUGGCCAUCUGGAUUUUUUGGGACCAGGUCUUGGAUAUGAUCGACGUCGUAUGGAUAGUUUGGCAUCACGAAGCCCAAUUAGAGAACAUCCCGGUAUCUCCUUGCGUGGAUUUGUAGGUCCAGGCCCUGAUGACAUUCAUGGUAGGGAACUACGUAGAUUUGGUGAACCGUUUGACAGUUCAUUCCAUGAAAGUAGGUUUUCAAUGUUGCCUGGCCAUCUGCGCAGGGGUGAGUUUGAAGGUCCCCGUAAUAUGGGAAUGGGUGAUCAUUUAAGGAAUGAUUUAAUUGGACGAGAUGGUUUAUCUGGUCCUCUUCGUUGGGGGGAACAUAUGGGUGAUUUCCACGGUCAUUUUCACUUGGGAGAACCAGUUGGUUUUGGCGCUCAUUCACGUCAUGCACGGAUAAGGGAAAUAGGGGGGCCUGGGAGCUUUGAUUCAUUUGGCAGGGGUGAUGGGCCAAGUUUUCCGCAUCUUGGUGAGCCUGGAUUCAGGAGCCGUUUUUCAUCUCAUGGGUUUCCCACCGGCGAUGGAAUCUUUACUGAAGACUUGGCAUUUGAUAAAUCAAGGAAAAGGAAACUGCCUACCAUGGGAUGGUGUCGAAUCUGUAAAGUUGACUGUGAAACAGUUGAAGGCUUGGAAUUGCAUUCACAAACAAGAGAGCAUCAGAAAAUGGCUAUGGAUAUGGUAGUCGCUAUCAAGCAGAAUGCUAAAAAGCAAAAACUAACGUUUGGUGAUCAAUCCUCACUUGGAGAUGCAAGUCAGCCUAGGAGUGCUGGUACUGAGGGCCAUGGGAAAGACAAUUGAUUAACAAUGGUGCUCUAAUGAGGAUCUGUAGAAUUUGCCCUUCCAUACCUCUUUUCCCCUUUUGUGGGUGGUCUAUGCUUUCAAGUUGCUGCCAUAUUAAUCCAGAUGGUUUUUGGAAGUGAAGUUCAAUGGCAGUUAAGUUUGUUGACUUUUUAUAUAAGCAUGCCGAUAGCUCUUUUUGUGACAUUAGCAAUAUCAUGUCGAAGGUGGUAUGAUGAUAUCACUCUAUUUGUUCAUGUGGUAUUUUUUAGAUGAGUUAGGAUUUUUCUAGUGGCUUUUAAACGAACUUUUAGCGUUUUCCUCGUAUGAUAAAAAUAACUGUUAAGAAUCUGUGUUCAGGCAUCUGAAAGAUUUAUACUGGGCAAAAUGUAUCACUAUUCAGGACCCUUUUUUUUUUUUUUUUUUUUGACUUAGGCUAUACUAGUGUUUGCUGUAGGCUUUAGCUAUGCAGUUUUUUCCUUGCUUUUAACGUAUUGCAUGUAUGUUUCUUGGAAAUUUUGAGCAAUCAGGGCCAUCUUCUUGCUUCAUAUUU